AUGUUUUGUGCAAAUGUGAGUAAUACAGUAAGCAAUCCAUGGAUGAAAAUAGAUGGUUACACUGGUUGCACAGAUGUGAGAGUCAUGAUGAAGAAUAAUAAAGAACUUACUAUGAAUCUUCAUGCUACAACUGUCGUUUUCACUACUUCUCUUUGGUUGGAUGUCUCUCCAAAUCAAUUGUUCGACUUCCUUCGUCACGAGGAUUCCAGAACCAAGUGGGAUGUGCUUUCACAUAGACUUACUAUUCGAGAAUUUGCGUCCAUGAUUAAAGGUGAAAAUCUAGGGAAUCGUGUUUCCCUGAUGCGAGCAACUACCUCACAGGGCAAGCUUGAGAUAUUUUAUCUGCAAGAGAGUUACACAGACUCAACAGGUUCCUACGUGAUAUAUGCUCCACUAGACGAAGGAACUCUCUCAUCUCUUUCAAAAGGAUCAGACCCUGACAAAGUUAUUAUCCUACCAUCAGGCUUUAGUAUACUUCCUGGGCCCUUGCCAGGAAAAGAAGAUGGAGCCACAGCAAGUUUUCUAACUGUUGCAUUCCACAUAGUUGACGGUGCCUCAACUAGGCCAUUUAUCUCUUCUCAAUCAAUUAAAGCCAUAUACAAAAUUAUCACCGAUGCUGUUGCCUCUAUAAAGAACACAGUGGUGUAUCAUUCAUCCCAAGGAUGA